GCCUAACAGAUUGCCAAAUAUUCUUAAGAUAGUAUGUUUUUCCUUAAAACUUGUAGUUGUUGAUGUAUUCUCAUUUCUUUAGCACGCGCUGGAACAUACAGAAUGGUGUCUUUAGGAGUUGUUGUCCCAGUGAUUGCAGGUUUGUCAUAUUAUAUAUUUUCAAAUAAAGAGGAAGAGGAGGAUGAAACUAAAUUUAUUCCCUACGAGUACCUCAAUAUUCGGACCAAGAGGUUUCCUUGGGGCGAUGGAAAUACUCCUCUAUUUUACAAUCCUAAAAAAAAUAAAAUUCCUCCUUAUGAUCAGUACGAAGAAGGGGGUGAUGAAGCUGAAGAUGACUGCUGAUAAAUGCCAAGAAAUCUAAAAAACACAAACAGCCAAAUUUGAAAUAUGUAACUAUAUAUUUUUUUUAAAAAAUCUUAUUUACAGAUUGUGAA